CUGCAUGCAUGGCUGAAGCGACUGCUGCUGAUGCUGUGACCUAGAGUUUGGUGUCAGCAUCAGGACCGACAGUGCGUGAAGUACAUUAUAGUGUCAAGUAGCUACAGAGAGAAUAAACAGACGCGUAGACUCAUUUUACACAACAGCUAGUUGAAGGGUUGGUUUGAAGGUCCUGUGCAUGGCGUGAUGGGGUCCUUCAGCCGACAGGAGUUCUUCCAUGAGCUUGCGGAGGGCUGCCUUCUGCCCACCGCUCAGCAGGGCCUGGAGCAGGUGUGGCAGCUUCUGGUCAUCUGCCUUCUAUGCCGACUUCUCUGGAUUCUGGGCCUCCCCUCUUAUGUGAAACACCUGAGCACUGUGGCAGGAGGGUUCUACGCCCUGUACCUGUUCUUUGAGCUCCACAUGGUGUGGGUGGUGCUGCUCAGUUUACUAUGCUACCUCAUCCUCUUCCUCUGUCGGCACUCCAGUAACCGGGCCACCUUCCUCUCCAUCACCGUCCUCAUCUACCUGCUCAUGGGAGAGUUGCAUAUGAUGGACACCACCACCUGGCACAAAAUGAGAGGUUCCCAGAUGGUGGUGGCUAUGAAGGCCAUUUCUCUGGCCUUUGACCUGGACCAAGGUGUGGUGACCAACGUGCCCUCUCCUGUGGAGUUCAUGGGCUACAUCUACUUUGUGGGAACGGUCAUUUUCGGACCCUGGAUCAGCUUCAACAGCUACAGAGAGGCUAUAGAGGGCCGCAAGCUGAGCUUCUCCUGGAUAUGGAAAGUGUGUGUCAGCUGGGUGAAGAGCCAACUGUGUCUGGUCAUCUCGAAUUGUGUUGCUCCCUACCUCUUCCCUUACUUCAUCCCCAUCUAUGGGGACAAGCUGCUACACAACAAAACGAAACGGAAGAUCGGAGGUGCUGUGGCAAGCUGGCUCCUAGCCUACGAGAAUGCACUCUCCUUCCACUUCAGCAACUACUUUGUGGGUUACCUGAGUGAGACCAGCACCACUCUGGCUGGAGCAGGCUUUACUGAAGAGAAAGACAACCUCAAAUGGGAUAUGACUGUAGCUAGGCCCCUUCAUGUGGAGUUUCCCAGAUCUAUGGUGGAGGUGGCCACCUCGUGGAAUCUGCCCAUGUCCCGAUGGCUCAGCACCUAUGUUUUUGCCAGUGCUCGCAACCUUGGAACCUUUCCAGCCAUCCUAGUGACUUACGCAGCCAGUGCACUUCUACAUGGUCUGAGCUUCCACCUGGGUGCAGUGCUACUGUCUCUCGCCUUCAUCACAUAUGUUGAGCAUGUUUUGCGGAGGAGACUGGCAGACAUUUUAAACGCGUGUAUUCUGUCAAAGAAAUGUCAGCCAAACUGCACUCACAAGAACAAAAAGGCCCCGUGGGUGUACAUUAUUAAUAUAGCCUUCAGUGCCCUGGCAGUCUUCCACCUGGCAUACCUGGGCUCUCUGUUCAACUCCAGUGUGGACUACAUGGAUGAUGAUGAGGAGAGUGGCGUGGCCAACCACACCAUUCAGAAGUGGUCGGAGCUGAGCUGGGCCAGCCACUGGGUGACGUUUGGCUGCUGGGUGCUCUACCGCAUCAUCCUCUAGAUGUGUGAGGGAGAGAGAGCGAGAGAGAGUUGGGGACAGAGAGACAUAUAGAGAAGGGAAGCAAUAACAAGAGGGAAUUAACGUGAGCCUGUUAAGGAAAGACCGGCUCUCUACUCCUGCACUGUGAAGUUGUAUUGGACUGAAGAGUACACACAACCACCCUAUGGACAGUAUAUUAACUAUUUUCUCAAUACCAACAUACAGUGCUCAGGACACCGCCUAAGAGACGAGGUAAUCUACUUAACCUGCUGGCGACAAACUAUUUUUGAUACUCUUGAAAUAAUGCCCCACUCUUCCUUAAUCACAUCGUUUCGUUUGAGCUGCUGCAUUUGUCUACCCCUUGUGGCGAGAUAGAUCAACAGCAGAUGUGGAUCAGACAUCUCCAUGCGAUUCUCAAUCAAUACUUAUCCUGUUAGCAUGACAGUGGUCAAUCAUUCACUCUCUUUGAUGAACAACUAAGAACCCGUUGUCUAGUUUUCAGAAGUGAUUCCGUAAUACGCCAUUAAAGUAAUAUUUUCCUUUUC